AGUUCGCUACACGCACUGCUUUUGCGAUGACACGUGACGUAGGGAAGGCAUGACGGAAGUGACGACAGAGGCGCCUAAAGUUUAAAUUUGCUUCAGUUGACGGCGAGGGACGUUUGUGUAAACUUGCAGGCAUGACUGAAAACACUUUCCCGGUGUACAAGGUGGAUGUUAUCGUGCAGUUCUACCGAACCGAAGUUCUGACUGGACAGGAGGCGAAACAUUUCACGAAGAAUGACAUUACUCCCAACCCAAAGGCAGAAACCAUUCAGAGAGUCUACAUGAGAGUUUUGCAGCUUCUGUUUCGUUUCAGACCUGAGUGCCAUUACACGGUGCCGUUGUCUGAAAACGUUCAGUACCCCAUGCUGUAUGAGUGGGUUACUCCAAUCAUGAGCGUUUACAUGCGCAUGUGCCAGUUCUUGCCGCUUUGUCACGUGUAUGAUUUUUCCCUGAAUGAUUUGCUCAACCCCAAGGUGAAGCGAACAAUCACUAUUCUGAGCGCAAUCCAAAAUUUCCUACACUUCAGAAAGCAGAGGCUGGAAAUGGCUGCUGCCCACCAGCAAAGUUUUCGGUCUGAUAUGGACAGACUUCAGGCAUACACAAGAGAAAUAAAGGAAGCUGAGAAGAAGAUUGAGAAACUGACUACCAUACCUCCAGAGCAGCAAGCGGAGGCUAAAGAGCUGGCGGCCGCUCUGGCAGAGUUGACAACUAACACACAGCAUGAAUAUCAGGAUGUGAAUGCUAUGAAUGAAAAGGUUGCACAGUGCAAGACGGAAAUUGCUGAGAUAUCACAGAAACUGACUCAAAGGAAACUGGAUGUGGCGACACUGAAGGACGAGAUAUCCAAGCUCAAGUCACAGAUUGUGGAGUCGCCUGAAGAGCUAAAAAAUGAGAUGGAAAAGAUGAAAGAGAACGUGAAGAGCAUUAAGUUGUCAAAAGAGCUGGCCGAUGAACGGUUGGUGGAGCUCCAGAUGCUGGUCCAGUGUGCAAGUCAGGUGGAGACAGAAAUCCAGGUCCUGCUCAAACAGCUGCAGGACUUACAGAGUAGCAUGUGCAAGACCAACCAGCAAAAAGAGGAGGUCCAGAGAUUAGCAGCCAUGAAUGAAGCCUUGCAGAAAGAGCUGAAGAGCCUGAGCACUGAAGAGGGCCAGAUGAAGAGGGCGCUUGCCAUGAAACUCGACAAGGAGUCGAAACAACAGAUCCGUCGACAGAAGAAAAAAGAGGUGAAAGAUCAGCAGGUCAAAAAUAUUUAUGGGCAAUAUGACAAAAUCCACCAGAAACGAGAGGAAUUUGUGAAAAUCAUAGAAGAAAGCAAUCGUGAAACUAAACAGUUCAGGGAGAAGAUGCAGAAGCUCAGAGAAAAGUGCAGCCAGCGCACUCAAAAAGCCCAGGAGAUCUACGAUCGUCUCCUCACAACUCUGGAGCAGUAUAACAAGCGGAUUGAAAGCAUUGUGGUGGAGACCAAUGCAGACACCUUAAAAAUGAAAUCGCACUUCUAGAAUCUUUUCUUAGUCGUUUCAUGUUCCUGCAGUUGUUGAUUGUCUGUCAUGUUUCAUUGUACAUGUCAAUUUUUGUUAAUGUUGUAGAAUUGUAUUUAAAUGUUAGGUUACUUAUGGUUCAAAUGAUCUUGUAUAAAACGUGUUUAUUGGAAACAGUUGGUUUGUUGCUGUAAAUCAAAGUUUAUAGUUAUGCUAAAGGGUGAUCCAGGGCCCUUUUCUACUACUGCACAACACCACUUGACCCCAGUUAAAGAUGGCACUUCAUAGUCAACCCAAAAUCUAAGGCGAAAGAUGGAUGUAAGAUGGGGUCAACUGGAUUCUGAGGAGAGGAGUCUUGAUCUGCAGUCAAAUCUUUUUGUCAGCUUGUUUUCUUUCAGUUAGGACCGGUUUUGUUUAUUUUUUGGAAUGGAUCGAUUGUAGGUCUUAUUUAUCUGAGCUUAUGUACCUCAGUUUUUGAGUGACAAAGGUGUUUUUUGUGGAUAAUUUUAUCAGUUUUGCAAUUUUUAUUUUGUUUUUAUUGAUUACAAAAUGGCACAAAGUCACACUUGUGGUGUUCCCGGUCAAAAAUGAACAGCCUGCAGAGAAAUAACUUAUUAAUAAUUCACUUGUUACGCUUUUUUAUUACCAAAUAUUGGAUUCAAUAUUUUUGUCACUUGUUUUCUUUAAAUUAGGACCGGUUUUGUAUUUAUUUUUGAAACUGAAUGAUCGUAGGCCUCACUGAUCUGAGGAUAAAGUUCAUCUCUGUGCAAAAGAAAGCCUGUAUUACUCAAAAUAGUUUGUUUGUGUACAUGAACGUGUGUGCACGGAUGCACGAGUAUGCAUGCAUCCACACAUGCAGAGGUCCGAGGCCUUUAUUUUUGCUCGCCCACAUGUAUAUAUGUGAACAGGAACAUGAUGAACUAAAUGUUUCUGUGAUUUUUCAACUCUCCCAUUCAUUUCCAAUAGGCGGUAAUUUUUGACCAAUAUCGGCUCAGAUCAGUCAGUUUCAAAAAAUACAUACAAAACUUGUCCUAAUUUAAAGAAAUCAAGUUGACAAAAAGAUUGAAUCCAAUAUUUGCUGAUAAAAUGGCGUAACGAGUCAUUUAUAAGCUAUUUUUGUAGGCCUGUCAUUUUUGACCAGGAACACCACAAGUGAGAUUUUGUGCCUUUUUGUAUUAAAUAAAAACCAAAAUAAAAAAAUUUAAAAACACA